AUGCCACCAAAACGACCCCAUCCAGAUGACUCCAACGAGACUUCUGAACGGACGGGGACCGUGACCUUCUCCCGGAGUCGAGCUUGUGCUGAAUGCAAAAAGCAUAAGAUCAGGUGCGAGUGGAAAGCUGGCCAGGCCAGCUGUGCCAAAUGCCACAGAAGUGGGGUUGAAUGCAUUACCCCGGACUUUUCUCAGCGAUUUAUUGAGGAAGAUACUGCGUGGAAGGCCGCGACAAGUGCCAACAUUGAGGAAUUGCAAGCAGCCGUUUCUCAUAUCCUCCAACUCAAUCUUCUCCCAGACCUGGCUUCAUACCAGGCUCGGAACAUCAAACAUGCUUCAAGUAACUCGCCACGACCUUUGGCUCCUUUGCCGCCUGAUGAAGGCAGUCGGUCAACGGCAAAAAUGCCGGCACCUUCCAUAGCCAUGACAAGGGAAAACUCUCAAGAGCCCGAGGUCGAGCAUGGAGGAGAGAUAGUCCCCGCCCCAAUGCGCAGUCUUUAUGAACUUACAAGGCUGAAAGUUUUGGGUAACGGUGCUGCUGGGAAAUCAAAAGGAUCAUUAUUGGCGGAUGACUUUAUCUCGCGGGGAGUUAUCACUCUCGGCGAGGCAGAAGAGCUAUUCGCACAUUACUACCAGAAAAUGAACCAGUAUCUCUGGGCUGGGCUCCUUCUCACUCACGAUAAUUUAGAAUCUCUGAGGCAUUCAUCUUCAAUGCUCUGUACCGUCAUCCUCACUGUUGCUGCUAUCCACAAGCCGAACAAGGCAGCUUGUCUCGACAAGUGCUAUGCCGAGCUCGUGUCACUUGUAAGCGCCAAUGCUCUUUCACGCUACAACUCACUGGACGACCUCCGCGCCCUGGCUCUAGGUGCCUUCUACCUACCAACAUUGAGCUGGAGACUCUGUAGGCAAGCUGUCAGUAUCGCCACAGAGAUGAACCUCCAUCGCAGCUUCCAGAAAUUGACGCAACCAACAACUGACCAUCAUGAGAGUGCCCGGAUUUGGUAUGUACUGUUCGUCUGCGAUCGCCAAUUCAGCAUCGCAUAUGGCCGCCCACCAAUGACAAUGGAAGAUGCCGCUAUCAAGAACUACGAGCGAAUUUUACAGGGUCCUGAGGUUCUCCCUGGCGAUGUCAGACUUGGCGCACAAGUCGCCUUGUUUAGUAUUUUAACAGAUGCGUAUCAACGAUUUGGGACGGAUAUGGAUCAAAUAUUGACGGAGGAUGACUUUGCACGAUUGCGGACAUUCAAUGUUGCGGUAGAGGAAUGGAGACUUGUGUGGAAACGGAGGUCAGAUGAUAGUCCUUUCAUCGGAACUUACCCCUCGAAAGGUGUGGUUCUCUACUAUUAUUUCGCACGGUUCCAAUUGAACUCUCUUGCAUUUCGCGGCAUGACUUCCUUAUCAGCUGCCCCAUUAGCCAUCGAGCGCAAAGAAGCUGCCAACAUUGCGAUAUCUGCUGCUAUUUCCACCUUAAGCCUAAUUGUGGAUGAGCCAGAUCUCUGCUCCGGCCUCGCGUGUGUUCCUGUCUUCACUCAUACGAUGAUUGCGUUUUGCGCUGCGUUCUUACUUCAAGUCGCGGCUCGGUGGGGCAAUUCAGAAACUCUCAGCAUCGAUGUUCGACAAGUUCUCGCGCACGUGGGAAGAGUUGCGAAUGUCAUGGAUGAAGUGAAGCAGAGUAUAGGGGAGAGUCACCUUGUACGACAUAUGGCCUUGGGCUUCCGGAAAAUGUUGAAGAAUUUCAGAGUUCUUGAACCGGAGAAUGGAGUCAUGCACGCACAACAUAGUACAAACACACCAAUACCGCUGGCCGACGGCCAUGGGUUGAAUAUGAUGCAAUACCAACCACAAAACCAACACCCACAACAAGUAAAUGGGGAGUUCUCGGAGUUUCAAGAGUUUGACCAGGGAGAUAAUGGGGAGACGCCUCCGACGGACUUCUUAUUGAGCAUGAUGCACGAAAUUAAAGGGACUUAUGGUUUUGGGUUCGAUGAGCAAUUACUGAACCCAUUGGAUCCAGCGAAUAUGAUUAGGUGGUAA